AUGACAGUUUCAAAUUUAUCGAAUACAUCAAAUAAUAAUGCUAAUAAAGUUGAAACCAUACAACUUAGUUCACUUCCUCCAGCAAAAUUAUUUCAACUUAGAGACCAAACCCAAGAAGAGAUGAAUGAGCUGUCUAUUAGAAUUCAACAACUGAAUAUUGUUUUAAAUAGAUUCAAUGGCUCCAAAGAAGCAUUAGAGCAAUUCAAACCUGAAAAUAAAGAUGCUACUAUUUUAGCACCAAUUAGCCAAUCAAUUUAUGUAGAUGCCACAAUUUGUGAUGUAGAAAAAGUAUUGGUUGAUAUCGGUACCGGUUAUCAUGUUGAAAUGAGAAUUGAAAAAGCCAAAACCCAUUUUGAUAAAAAAAUUGAAAUGAUCAAGAAAUCGAUAGAAAAGAUUUCUAAAUCACUCAAUGAUAAAAACAAAAUCUUUGAUGCCAUUAAUUCCAUUCUUAUGGAGCAUAUUAAGGCUCAGCAAAGUAAUGAAACCAAAAAGUAG